AUGCCGCUGUACUCAAUUUGCUCCGUCUCUUCCAGUGAUCGUGAAAAGGUUAUUUGUACUACCGAGUGCGAGAUCCUUACUCUGAGCAAGGGCAAAGAUGCUUCAUGGAGAAGGUUUGGUGCUGCGCCCUAUAAGUUAUGGACAAAAUCCCUUUAUGUUAACGGAGCUCUGUAUUGGAAACAUCCAUUGCGGGGAGAGCACGGGUAUGAAUUCGUUUUGAUUGUUUUGUAUCUCAAAGAUGAGAGCUUUCAUGAGAUUCCCCCGAUAAGGGUCAUUGGUCGCGAGAAUGAUAUAUUAGAAUUUCAAGGUCAUCUGGCUCUGGUUGGUACUACUGGUGAAGAUCAUAAUUUACACUUAUGGUUAUUAGAAGACAUUGAAGGACAGCCACGGUCGUGGUCAUGGACCCACAUUGUCAUCACUGUUCCACGUGAUUCGAUUGGCCGUACAAGCAGAUAUCCUGCUGAGAGUCUCUCCUCUACUGGUGAGAUCCUUAUGACUAAUGAUAAGGGAGUUUUUAAGUCCGACAUGCAUAUUUGUUCUUAUGAUCAAACUAAACAGAAGGUUGACAAGUUUGUAAUUUGCAAGUCCCUGUCACUUCCAUCGUAUAACUGGAAGGAUUGGAAUCGUAACCAGUUCGGAAUAUACUAUUAUGAGGAAACUAUGACACCAUUGAAUAAGUUGGUCAACAACCCAGUGCACUAG